AUAGGCUUGCAGCUCAUGAUAUUAACACGAGGAACCUCGCAUCUUAACAUUCCUUUUUUGGUGGUGAAAAGGGUGCGCAGGAUAAGAGAGAAUCAUGAUCCGCAUAACUGCACGCAUAGACUCAGUGUAAAAGUGCAAAAUAGUCACCGAUUUGUCGUUGGUCAGCGUCACUCAUUCCCUCCAUCGCAUUUACUGUGCAAGGAAUCGAAGGCAGGCAUGGAGGGCUGCCCGUCUGGUUAUCGCCCCCAAGUUGGCGUGUGUCUCAUCAACUCUGAUAGUCAGAUUUUUGUGGCUUCGAGAUUAAAUGUUCCAGGAGCAUGGCAGAUGCCUCAGGGAGGAAUUGAAGAUGACGAGGAGCCCAAAUCUGCAGCCAUCAGGGGAUUGCAGGAGGAAACUGGAAUAGUAUCUGCUGAAAUUGUUGCUGAGGUUCCAAAAUGGUUGACGUACGAUUUUUCCCCUGCUGUCAAGGCCAAAGUGAAUCGUCUCUGGGGAGGUGAAUGGCAUGGGCAGGCACAAAAAUGGUUCCUUACGCGAAUGACCAAUGACGAUAGUGAGAUUAAUUUAGCAAAUGGCGGAGCAGACACAGAGUUUUCAGAGUGGAAAUGGGCAAGCCCUGAAGAAGUUAUUGAGCAGGCAGUGGAUUACAAGAGGCCUAUGUAUGAAGAAGUUGUGAGAACUUUCCAGCCUUAUUUGAAUUAAGAUGGAAAAGCUGCUAGAUCAUGUAAAUCAUCCAAGUGGUGAACUGCUCUGUUCUUGUAGUUACUCCCCCCCCCCCCCAGUGAUAUCCUUCACCUCUGGUCUCCAUAAAACUUUCUCCUCUGUAAAUGGAUAUGUCGGCUACAAUUUCAAAUUAGAGGCUUGCUUACUAAUUUUUUGUUGAACUCUUCAUGUGCCGUUACUUACUUUCCGGGUCUUGCAACUAAAAAAUGUAUAGUGUAACCAUAAAAGUGGAAUCCGUUUGGUUU